AUGGUCGAUCUUAGCAGUAAACAAGCCAAAAUGAACUCCCUUCUGAAUCGAAAAAGAAAAGUCGAGACGGGUACACCGCCAGCAUUCGAUCCGACGCCAGGAACGUCGUCACAAUCUGUGAAGCUCACAACAGAAGAUACUGAGCAGAAAGAUCCGGAAACGGAAGAGACGAGACGCAAGGCUGCUGAAGCAAUUCUGCGUGAUUCUAAGAGAGCAAAAGAACGAGCAGAAUUGGUUGGACCGCAAGGAUGGCUGCGUCCGAGAAGCCUAAAUACAAACAAACAAUUUCUUCAUAGAACACUUGCGUCAACUCUAUCGGAAAGGAAACCGAAACGAGCGAAAUCCCCAUCUGAUUACGAUGUGACGGAACCUAGGUCUUCUAAAGGGAAACAUAACAAACCCAUUUAA